AUGUCAUCUAUUAUCCAAGCAGAACUAUGGAUGAUGCUCAAUGCAAGUAUGCAACCACUGAGAAGGAGCUCCUUGCUGUGGUCUUUGCCUUUUGAAAAAUUUCGAAGUUACUUGGUUGGAUCAAAGGUGAUUGUCCACACAGAUCAUGCUGCUCUUAGGCACAUCUUUGCAACGAAAGAUACAAAACCCACGCUUCUUAGAUGGAUUUUGUUGCUCCGAGAAUUCGAUAUAGAAGUUGUGGACAAGAAGGGGAUAGAAAAUGGAGUUGCUGAUCAUCUGUCUAGGAUGCGAGUUGAAGACGUCCCUAUCAAUGAUUCUAUGCCUGAAGAACAGCUGAUGGCAAUCAGAACUUUGAAGGAAGGGUUUGAAGAGAAGGUCAGGCUUGAAGAGGUCAAGGCUCUGUGA